AACAUCACAACGGAAAAUGGAAAACAUGGCGAAUGUAUUCAUAUCGUUUCUGCUGCCUUUAAGCCCGUCUGUGGUUCGUGGUUAGGCGUUGAUUAAAGCAGGAGCUGCUUAUUUAAUUCACGAUAUUUAUGGUGAAUAAAUCCUUCGUCGAUUUUCGGAUUUGUUUCUCGGUGCACUUCAUCAUCGAAGUUCAAUUCUAGGUUGAACUAGUGACGUGUUUAAAGUGAAAACGCAAUCGGAAUUGUUAAUAAGAGUACGAAGAAAAUGUAUGUCGGUGUAUACGGAGCUGAAAUUGGUGAGGUUAUUUAUGGGUUUCUCGAGUGUUAACGCAGAUGCCGGUAAGGGGAACUUAUAGCACCAUAAUGGAAGGGAAAUGCGGAAAUCAUCGCCAGGAGUCGGCCGCGUUCAUUCAGUGCUACCGGACAAGAGCAUGCCAGACGACCACCAAAUCUUAUUUGUGGCACUCCGGCUAGAUUUGGAUAUUGCAUUCAAUAAGGACGUUAUUUACUCACAAAAGCAUAGUGUGGUUUCGUCUUUCUGUUCUGAUGAGAUGGAAGAAUUGGCUCUUUCAUUUAAUUAUUAGUUUUUAAGGACAUGCACAAUGGUUUUAGAAGCCAGGCUUAAGUCCGCGCCUCGGCGAUGGCGGUGGGGACAUUCGUAUGAUUCGGACUCGGAAGGCAGGCAAGCUGAAGCUACGUUGUAUAACUCUUAACCCCUUUCCUAGAUAUCGUCCCCGCUGUGUUGUGGUCGCAUUUAGGCUACAUCAGUGUAUCCAGCGUAUGCUUGGAGCUUUUUGACGUUCUUGGUACUUAGUUUUCUUCUACAGAAAGUUUCUGCUCGGUAGUUGAGUUGGUGAAAAGGACUGUUGGUGUUUUGACUAACGUUUUUAUUAUAUAUGACAAUCAAGUAUUAGUCACUUUAAUACGUAAAUAACGUGUAAUUAUUGUAUAUAUUGCAUAAGAAUUUACUAGUGUAUCCCAAAGUGACGUCACGACGUCCCUGUGACGACAUAAAUGUUACACGCGGGCACGUGCGCGAGUGCCAAAGAAGGGUAUGUUUUAGAGAGGGAAGAGCAAAGAGACUUAUCCUAUUUAUGCUCAAGUUCGGGUCAAGGACGCGACGUGGAGCUUGGCGGGAACCUCACAUCUGGUUCGAGGGCCACGGGCGGCCUGCGCUUUCCUUCGGACCGCCAGACACGCCCUCGCGACUCUGUCUCCGGGUCUGACAGCGCUACCACAGCGCGCACCUGUAAACAGCGGGAUAAAUCCGAGAACACAAAGGUAACUAUAACGCCGCUCGUUACCAGCGCAACGGUUGCUCAGCCUGAGAAUGUUCACCAGAUUUCAGGAGUUGGUACAACGAUGACGACGGACACUGGCCCGGCGAUGGAACGUUUUUAUCCGUCGUCGGAAGGGUAUAUUCCAGAUUCUAAUGCCAUAAUACGUGCAAAGGAGCUCUCAAAACGUGUGAUACUAAAUGUUGGAGGUACAAAACACGAAGUGAUGUGGCGAACCCUGGAUAGAAUGCCACACACACGCUUAGGCAAAUUAAGGUUCUGCAAUACACAUGACAGUUUAAUGGAAUUAUGUGAUGAUUACAACUUAGCAGAUCGGGAAUUCUUCUUUGAUAGGCACCCAAGGUCAUUCGCAUCAAUAUUAAAUUUUUACCGUGCGGGGAAGUUACAUAUAGUGGAGGAGAUGUGUGUCCUAUCAUUCAGUGAGGACCUGGACUACUGGGGCAUUGACGAGCUCUACCUCGAGUCUUGCUGCCAACACAGAUACCACCAGAAAAAGGAGAAUGUGUUCGAGGAAAUCCGUAAAGAGGCCGAGAGUCUACGCCAACGUGAUGCGGAGGACUUCGGCACGGGACCCUGCGCAAAAUGGCGGGAGAAAGUAUGGGACCUUCUCGAGAAACCGACCACUUCCAUGGCUGCACGGGUCCUCGCUAUCGUCUCCAUUUUGUUCAUCGUUCUAUCCACAAUCGCCCUCACUCUUAACACUAUGCCUGCGUUCCAACAGACAAAAUACGUCCCAAGCACCGACGCCGACGGUGACAGUAUUCCUACGAAAACAGAGCCGAUAAGGGACACAUCAAAUGACAAUCCCGAUCUAGCAAUAGUUGAAGCAGUUUGUAUAGCAUGGUUUACGCUGGAAUAUUUGGCAAGAUUUUGGGCAUCACCAAAUAAGUGGAAAUUUUUGAAAGCUCCUUUAAAUAUUAUUGACUUGUUAGCAAUUAUGCCCUAUUUUAUUUCUCUUGGACUUACGGAAACUAACGAAGACACAACUGCUCAGUUUCAAAAUGUGAGGCGGGUCGUACAAAUAUUUAGGAUUAUGAGAAUUCUUAGAAUUCUUAAGUUGGCUAGACAUUCAACAGGUUUACAGUCGCUAGGUUAUACUUUACAACGUAGUUACAAGGAAUUAGGACUUCUUUUAAUGUUUCUUGCAAUAACAAUAUUAUUGUUCUCAAGUCUUGCCUAUUUUGCUGAGAAAGAUGUAACUGAUACAAAGUUUAACAGUAUUCCUGAGACAUUUUGGUGGGCCGCCAUUACCAUGACAACGGUCGGGUAUGGUGAUAUUUACCCGACCACUGUGGUGGGCAAAAUAGUAGGUAGUGUGUGUUGUAUAUGCGGAGUUCUAGUUAUUGCGUUACCUAUUCCAAUCAUUGUGAACAACUUCGCCGAGUUCUACAAAGACCAGAUGCGACGAGAAAAGGCACUCAAGCGCCGGGACGCCCUCGAACGCGCCAAGCGCACCGGAAGUAUUGUAUCCUUCCACUCAAUCAACCUUCGGGACGCGUUCGCUCGGAGCGUGGACCUGAUGGAAGUCAGUGUCGAGGGCGAUCGGCGCGCAGACGGUACGAGUCUAGAUAGCAAAAACGCUAGUCCGCCCGUCUGCGUUAUGAAAGCGAAUAAUGAUGGCUCAAAAAGUGUUUCCGGUAACGAGAGCUGCGACUCGAAGAGCCUUCCGGGGCUCUCGAACCCGAGCGCCACCAACCUAAUGGACGCGGACGAGGAGUCCAUCCGGCGGAUGACGUCAUCGCAACCGGAACUCAAUGCAAACAUACAGGGCAACGGUCGUUACAAAGGUAACGGAUCACAUGACCUGGAGCCCGGGGGUCGGGCGCACGGCGGGAGCCUGAAGCGGCACCGGUCGGAGACCUCACCCCAGAGGCACCUCCAUUUUGGGGAGGUGAUAGAACGGACUUAUUCUUCCACAGACAAUAUUCAUGAUAUGCAAGCCUUACCGAAACCAAAAAUUAAAUUCCGAAAAGCAGUGUCCCUGGCUAGCAAAUUGCAUGGCAGUCCCUCGACCGGACGCAAGCUUGCUAACUACCACCUCAUUGCUAACCCCAAGUCAGGAACCUCCGCCGUGACCCACUGCCUUGUUCCCCUUAGCCUCGGAGCGGCCCUAGACCCCGGGAUCCGCCGCUCUUCGCCCUCCCUUCUCAACCCACAGCCACCCAAAUCCAUCCUGAAAAAGGAAGCAUUCACGAGAAACGCGUCCGACAACAACAUGGACACCGGCCAUCCACGCGUUACCAACAUCAAAUACGGUCAGUCUUCUCGUGAGUCUGGGAACAGUGGGGCGAUGCCCGGCUCAUCGGCAACUAGUGACAGGGCGGGUGAUAAGAGACCAUUGUUUCAGCCAAAAGUGAACUCCUAUGAUAACAUGGACAAUUUUAACGUAACUGCUGAUAAGAAGAACAGUGUUAAUGUUGGGAAAAAUAAUAAUCUGAUAGAAAAGUCAAUCAAAACGGGUAACUACGAGAAUAUUAUGCAUGAAUCAAACACGGCUCAACAGCGACCUUUAAAACAACAGUCAUCAGACUCCUAUACCGAUGAUAGCCAAUUAAAUACAUUCGAUAAAUCUGAGGAUGAGAUAUUAUUCAGUGACAGCAUUGCUAUCAGUGCUUUCAAUGACGGCAAGGCCAAUAUUUGGCAAAAUGCAGAUAUUCACGGAAUCAUCACGUGGCAGACGGACACCAGUCCAUCAGAUAAUUUGGAAAACGACGAUAAUUACUUUUGUUCUUUUUCACUGGACGCCACUCCGUCCGAGGAAAAUGACCAUUCCUUUCACACAUCAUCCUCCAUUCCAACAUUUGAAACAGCAAACGAACCCCUGAACAAUUUCAAUAGUGAUUCCACUUCCAAUAAGUUCCUAGAUCUUCGGAGUAACUCCAGUGCCAAUGACUGCGGGGAACUUCCGGAAAAAGCGACUAACAAGAUGAUCCCAAUAGAGCAGCUGAUCCAGCGCUCCCAAGGGACGCCCUCCAGGGACUCGUCACCCACCGUUCCCUCGACCGGGGCCAGCGGCUAGUGUUCCCUCCCCCGGGACUUCGAACCUGGAGACAGUGACUAGUGUUCUUACCGCCGGGACUUCGAACCUGGAGACAGUGGCUAGUGUUCCCUCCGACUAUGGAUUCCGGUAGGAGUGCAGGGUGGCGGGGGAUGUUUACCCUGGCGCCGCUCUCCAAACAUUUGACGGGACAUGUGUUGCUGUUUUCCCGUUUGGAUCAAUAACUAGAAAUUUGUUAGGGAUAGUACGUGUGUAGUUAAAUUUAUAUGCACAUUUAUAAACUUAAUUGUUACGAGGCAAAUGUUGCUAUUAUAAUAUCGCAAUGACAGUCCAAUACUUUGUACAUUUUUGACGAUCCUAUCACAUUGUUGGAAAUGAUUCAUCUUUUUUGAUAUUAUGAAGAAACACAUUUUGAAGGGAAUAUGAACAACAAAUCAGAGAAGUUAAAAAUAGUUUAAAUAAAAAUUGAGGCUCUAACUUAUGUAGCAUAAUUUGUAUUGUCUUUUUACAUGUUAUAGUAGCAUUUUGAAUCUUUCAUAUAUUUCCAAACCCCAUCACUGCUAGCAACUUCAGCAUUGUCUUUCUUUAAAAUAAAAACGCAAUCCGUACCAAAAAGAAUUACACUGCGGCGUUUUGAAAGUUGACGUUGUGACACUGUUAGUGUAUGUGAAAGAUAAAUGUCUCUUUAUGCGAAAUAUUUUGCGGAAACGAUGUUUACCGAGUUUUCGUGAAAUAUUUGAAUCGAGGUUAAGGAAACAUCUGUCUUCCAUGACGGCAAUUGAUACAUUCGCCUUUUCUCCCAUCCUGUUUCCAGGGAAACGAAAUAAAUCAAAUUUAAGCUUGAACUCUUUUGGCACUUUUGCACCUGAAGUCUAAACAUUGGGAAAGUAACAUACUUCCCUUUUUCUUAAAGGAACAAUAAAUGCGACAAAAAAGAUUUCAUAUUUGACUAGAGAAAAUGCAUAUAUUGUUGUUUUGAAGUAAGACAAAAUAGAGAUGAACUGCACCAAAUCGCAGCUUGGAUUUUAAAAUAGUUCAUACCGUUCUGAAGUUAAUUGUUUUAAAAUUUGAUGAAAUAUUAACACUUGUUGGUAUUUUAAAUUCCGUUAAAUUUAUAAGUCAACUAAAUCUUGAUUGCAAAUCAGAUUUUUCUGUGUAUAUGGUCCGAACUUGAACUUAAUCCGAAAUACGUAUUCAUCAACAUUCUCAACAGCAAGACUUGCAAGUACCAGCUCAUACAUCCUGGCGUUUUAUCUUUUCCCUAAGUUUAUCUUUAAAAGGUAUAAUGACCUGUGUCCGGUAAGUGCACGCUCUUCUUCUUCUUCACUUUAGUUCGAUUCCUGACCUGGGCAUAUGUGAGUGUAAUUGGUAGUCACCAAGCCGGACAAGUGGGAUUUCUCCGGGCCUUUCGCCCCCCCCCCCCCCCACACUAACACAGGACCAUACUCCCGCGCAAUAUCGUACGAAGUUAAUCUAACGUUUCCAAUCGUUGUAAAAUAAGAUUAACCUUAAUGUCCGGAACUCAUGGUGUAUCGUUAACCCACGUGAAUAAUGCAAGACGCAUUUGUUGGAAGUUUUGAAAGAGUGUUGCAGGAUGGGAAGUAUUGGUACAGUCCCUCUGAAAUCAGAAAGUGUAUCUUGUUCAUUGAUUUUCCUUUUGUCGGGGGAGUGUGCCGAUUAUCUUUGUUCGUGACAUCCUCAGUAAUCUAUUAACGCAACUUUCUCCUCAGAUAAUUCAUAUUUUGCAAAAUGAAAAUACCGGUUUACUCAUAACGUAGAUAUCAAUGGCAGGUUUAAAAAAAAUGCCUUGGUAACAAUGCUUUUUAUGUUUUUGUAAAAUAAGAGUUUUAACUCAAUAUGCGUCUUAAUAUACCUUAAGAAAGUGUGGAUUCAUAAUUCGGAAAUACUUGUAUAUUUCACAGCACUGGGGAAUUUAAAGGCAUCUAUACCAAUGUUAUGAAAUUCAUCAAUCAAAUAUAUCGUUAUUGGCUUAAUAUGAACUUGAUGAUAAUGUCAUACUUGUUUUUUUCCCAAAAGUCCUUUCGUUUCGUUGAAGAUAAAAAUCGAUCCAAUAUCAUUGUCCUUUUACAACCAACCUUAGUUUUCGUGCAUAUGUGUUUCCAUCACAACUGAUUCCGAAUACCAUUGCUAAAUUCGGCCAGGAUUUAGUAGUUUGCAAUAUUAGAUUAUGUUCCUAUUUUGAAAGUAGAAGGUCAGUGUUGCUGUGGAUACUUGCCGUUAUUCCGACCUUAUGUCCCGACCCUGGGUCUAUGUCCCGACCCUGUCCCGACCCUAUGUCUACCAGUAUUAUAGUUGUAUGGCAGUGAUUAAUUUUCGUAUCGGCUAGAAGUCCCUUAGAUUGGCAUAUUUCAUACUAAUCGGAAACGCCAUGCAGUGAUACUUCCCUUACACUCACCACUGCCACCAUGCAAACCACCUGACCAUAUAUCAUAUCGGUAAAUUAUCAUUAGAUUAACAGAUUGAUUUUGUAUUUUAACUUCAAUGCACCUUGAAUAAUUGAAAUUUGGUAAAAAGAAUCCAAAAAGAGAGAAGAAAAACAUUUUAAAAAAGGUUUAUACUGAAAUCCAGGUACACUUGCUGAUGGUGGCAGAUCUCUAAUCUGCGUGUCAGGGGAGAUCACUGCGCAGGAGAUUGACUUAUAAUGGGUCUUGAGAAAAAUCAAGAGGAUCCUAGCGUAUAUUACACAUAUUCGGUAGCCAGGCUAUUCAUAUAUAUAUAUAUAUAUAUAUGUAACGUAGCCAAUAUGAUAUGACAUCAACAAUGCAGAGGGAACUGGGUAUGCGCAGCAAAAUAAGUCACUGCCAAGGUCACUGGUACUAUUUUUAGAAAACGUCAUACCAGCUAUUCAAUAAUGCAUAGCCUUGUUUAACCAUACAUGUAUAGUUGCUCAUUUUUUAACUAUAUUUACGUCAAGGGUGUUAUUACAUGUGAUUGUGUUGAUGUUUAUCUACUUUGUAUCAGACGUGCAUACAUUUUUAUGUAUCCUUUUUUACAUUUUAAUUAAAAAUAGAUUAAAAUGAUAAAUAAUUGAAAAUAACACGUGAUUUUGUUUAAUUGCAGCAUAAACAGCUUAUUACAGUGGUUAGAAAGUUUGGGGUGAAACCUCGUGCUGUAAUGGGAGAUCUGCACGAGGUCUAUGUAAUGUUUUGCUUAAUUUUUUUCAAACGUACAGUUUUGCCAAAACCAUAAUUUUGAUUUUAAUGUUUUAUAUUAAUUUAAGUUCGUAACAUUAUGCUGUAAACUUCAUUUGUAUAUUCUUUAUUUCACUUUUGGCAGCUAGAACAAGGGAACUCACUCAGCUUUCACCGUCACCAAUCUUUCUUUUCAUACCCGUAUAACCUUUAUCAUAUCAAAUAAUAGUAGCUGCACAAUAAAACGUUUAAAUUACAUAUAAUAUACAUACUGAGAACCUUUGACCUAGUUAAGGGAAACCUCUAAUGUUCACCGAUAUCGGCACUUGACUCCUAGCAAUCAUUUUGUAUUUUGAAAUGUUCUCCAUGUUUGUUGCAUUAUAGUAGAUUUAUGUAAAAUUUUGAUAGAUCAUGUUUAAACUUUCAAAGAAAGACACAUUAUAAGAGAAAACGAGAAACGUUGUACUUUAAUAUACGGGUAUGUGAUAAUGUUGACUACUUUUUGUGAGCUACGUCAUACCAGUAUGUGUACGUACACAUUGUACACGUUUUUAAAUGGCAUCUCAAAAGAACGGAGAAGUGUGCUUUAAGCGAGUUUCAUUGUUUAAAAAAAUCGCAAACGGCUUUUAAAAUCAACUACAACUUUUACAUAUACAUGUAACUACACUUUCAAGUUUGUUUUAAGCACACGUGGUGUUUUGCAGCCUCUCAUUUUGCGCUAUUUUUACACCAAGUAUUACAUUGACGAGAACGGCCAGGUUAACGAUUAUCCCCGCAGAAUUGUUUGUUAGGUUAGAAAUUGAUCGAGCCUGUUCGUAUCUUCCAUAAGCCUUUCAUUAGAUUUAUAUACACGCAAUGUCCCUACGUCUCCCGAAAACUAGUGAUUACAUACAUUUACCUACUUAGAUAUAUUUUCUCCGAAUGUCGCAAAAUGGCAGCGUCGUGGUCUCUGCCAGUGCAUCGAUUUCAUUCCAGUUACCAUAGUAACGUUCAAUAGUGAAUUACGGCGGAGGCUCACUUUAUCGCUGAACCAUUUUAAAUAAAGGCCGCUAUGAAACAUGUUUGAAGAUUAACCUCAUGCCGUUUUCUAUUGAUAAUCAAAUUGAUGUGUGAUAUUUUAUAAGCCUAAUGAUUCUUUUGGACCACAUUGUCGGCGUCUCCUUUGACCUGUAAGGCUGGGUUCGAUUGAAUCAAUAGGUAUGCAUGCAAAUACCAAACAUUUUAUAACAAAAGAAAAUGUUUGAAACGAAGUUUGUCGUUUAUCCGGUCGUCAUUCAUUUGAGACGGAAAGUAUUUCCAAAUGUACUCAUAGUUAAACAUCUCCAGCGUACCAAUGUUAUUGUAUAACUUUCCGUAUUGCAUUGUUGUUUCUUUUAGAUUUUAUCCAAAACUCACAUUACUAUAAUUAUGGUUAUUAUGAUUAUUAUUAUUAAUAUUAUUAUUAUUAUACAUGUUUGUUACAAUGUUAAUUACUUGCAAUGAUAAUAUGAUUUUUAUUCAUUCAAUCAAAACUGCAUAUAGUUAAUAUGCAAAUGAAUAAACACUGUUU